AAGUGAGAAUGUGCUGUAAUGUGAAUUUAUUGUCACUGUCACAUUAAUUAUUAGAAAAUUUGGAAGAAUUUGGAGAAAAAUAAAUAUUUGUAGUUAUUAACUGUAUAGAUAUUUAUUUAACAAAGAAGCGACCGGAACCACCAAUAUAAAUGAAUACUGCACCAGCCCUUCCACUGAAGUCCACAUUCGUAAAUAUAUUUCUUUAAAGUUCCGCAUGUAUCUGUAUGUUGCAUGGAUAUAUUUAGCGACUUGUAUGAUUUGCACGAAGUACAUCUUUAUACUGUAUUAUGCAGCUUUGUACAGAUCCAAAUAUCCACGCUACAAGUCAAUGAGGGAUUGUGAAGUAUAUAUUGAAAUAACUAUUUAGACAUGACAGUAUAUGCGGAGACCAAUAGUUGGAGAAAUUCCAUUCUCAAUCAAUUACAGGAGCGAAACAAAAGAGAAACUGACCUUUUUCAGGAUCUAGUCGAAGAGCAUACCAAAAUAUUCGAAAAUUACAACACGUUAUAUACAGAAAAUAUUCAACUUUCAAUACAAGUAGAAAAACUUAAGUAUGAGGGUAGAGGCAGUCUCGGAUCCAAUAGUUCUAGUCUUGGUGAUAUUAGACACCAAGAGAGGAUACAGCAACUCGAGCAGAAACUACUGGUUCAAGCCGAGGAACUUACAGAAUUGCACCGAAGAAAGGGGGAGAAUGCGCAACAGAUAAUCGAUCUGAACGCUCUAGUUCAAGAAAAAGACAAAAUAAUUGCUUCCAAAAAUGUGAUAUUGGCGGAAAACGCUGCAAAGAUGGUGUCUCUCCAAGCUGAAAUUUCCAUGUUAGACAAAUCAAAAAAUGAACUGCAAUAUCUUUGGGAUACUCUUAGGGACGAACAUCAAGCGCUUCAGAUGUUAUUUACGUCGUUGGAGGACAAGUUGAGAAAGGCCCAAGAUGAAAAUAGACAACUCGUGGAACGACUUAUAAAGUACAAAGCGAAGGAUGCCGAUCGCAUGAACGAAGAAAACGACAAUUUCCUCAAGAAGCGCUACGCGAAAAUGCAGAAGGAGAUUGAAGAAGCGUGCAAAGAUACUAGAGGUUCGCCCGAAGAACUCACUGAAGGUUAUGGUCCGCUAUGUACUUCGAAUCUGCCAACUAGUUUAAAUGUGAAGUAUGAUGCUCACGAAGGCGAAGUUAGUGCCGUCAAAUGGAGUCCUCUAGAGAAACUUUUAGCUACGGGAGGUGCUGAUCGGAAGUUGAAACUUUGGGAAAUUUCAAAAGGUUGCCACGAUCAUAAAGGGACUUUAGUAGGUAGCAAUGCCGGUGUCAUGGCCAUAGAUUUCGAUUCUUCGGGCUCUUUAAUCUUAGGUGCUUCCAAUGAUUACGCUACUAGAGUAUGGACAAUCGCAGAUCAGAGGUUAAGGCAUACUUUAACCGGUCAUUCUGGUAAAGUGAUGGCUGCCAAAUUCUUAGGAGAAGCUUCCAAGGUAGUCACCGGCAGCCAUGAUCGCACUUUGAAAAUUUGGGACUUGCGCAGUCGCGCUUGUAUAGAAACGAAGUUUGCCGGAUCUAGUUGUAAUGAUCUUGUUACGGUAGACAGUGCCGGUUCAAUAAUUAUUAGUGGCCAUUUUGAUAAGAGUAUAAGGUUUUGGGAUAGCAGAUCGGAAUCUAGUGCCAAUAACGUAGUUUUAAAUGGUAAAGUUACUUCGUUAGAUUUAACAAGAGAUGCCAAGUAUCUCGUUUGCUGCGUCAGGGAUGAUACCCUUAAACUUCUAGAUCUACGAAUGAACCAAGUCGUUACGCUGUUCAGCUGCGACGGUUUUAAGGUGGGAUGUGAUUAUUCAAGAGCAACUUUCAGUCCGGACGGACAGUACGUCGCCGUUGGCUCGGCGGAUGGUUCAGUAUACAUUUGGGGCGUAAAUAGCGCGAAAGUAGAGACGAUACUCAAGGAACACGGAGCCGCAGUUACCGCUACUUCUUGGAACCCCUUCGGAAACUUUCUUACUAGUGUAGAUCGUUCUAGAAAAGCAAUAGUGUGGAGCGAUAUGUAAAUCAAUGCUUUAAUGUAAAUAUUGUUGAUCUAAACCAAUUACGAAAUCGUUUUCCUGAUUUGUAUUCUACGGGGUGCGUCUAAAGGCCUCGGUCCUAUUAUUUUUUGAACCGUACUACUCAGAUUCAUGAGUAGCUGAACUAAGCCACUUGUGUAGAUUAUUUUUAUGGUAUUUUCGUGACGUUGUAAGCGUUUCCUAAUGAUGACACGCAACGUAAAUACUUGUAUACAGCGUUAAUAUUAUUUCACAAUUAUAUCUUUUUGUUAGUGCCAUUUCAAUAUAACCUACGCUCAUGGGUGACUGCCAAUCCAGCUCCUUUAAGCUCUUCUUUUAAGAUGAUAGUUAAUAUAGGAGAGCAUAAAGGACUAUCGAUAAUAAUUGACUUGUUAUGGUAUAUAUUAGUUCUAAUAAUUUGACAGUUUUCAGUUUUUAUGAAAAACACUUGAACAGGUCAAUUCGUUUUCCAAUUUUGCAGAUACUGAAGAAUUCAUAUGUUUUUUUUAUUGGCAUAUGUUAAAAGUGUGGCCUCGUCGGAAUUUUCAGUAAGUGACAAUAUAUGACAAGUGACAUCAAAUUAUAAGCUUAUACGCCACAUAUUGGGUACCUUCAAACGACCUCAGUGGCUGGUUUUAAACACAAAGCGGCUUAGAUCUAGCAAACACAAACUUUUGACAUGUAUCUCGACUUUUCAUUUUAUGUUUGACACUUCGACGAAUCUCACCUCAAUAUUUACAUAAAUAUGUACUUCUAUGAAUAAAUAUUUCCGUUCAGUACC